GUUGGAGCUGGUGGUUGAACCAUGGAUUGGUGGACUUUGGGUUGCACUUAAUCAAGAGUUUGCAUCUAGAAAAGAAGACAAAAAUGCAUCUUUUUGUGCCAACAAGUUUUCUAAUCUCUGUAUAAGCCGCCAAGCAGAAUGCUUGAAAACUGAAGAUUCCGGUGUGAAAAAUAAUCUUUCAUCAAAAGAAAAUAUUAACUCGGAACGUCCUACUGAAAACUCUCAACCUUCACUUUCUUUCUCAGGGUCACCCCUCUCAAAUGCAACUCUUAAUAUUCCUGCUUUGCCACCAGAAUUCCUAGAGGUGCAGUUGGAAGAAAGCUGUGCUGAGAAUGCUAGCCUACCUUAUAUUUCGGAGAACUCCAUUUUUCGUGUUCCUAUCACCAAGGCCGUUCAACUUACUAGAGACGAUGCAAUUAAAAAAUCAUUGCUGAUUGAACUGGAUAUUUCUGCAUUUCUGCGCUCUUUGGUAAACUACACCACUGACGUUAGUGAAAAAAGAAGACUUCAAGAAUUGUGUAGCAAGCAAGGAUCCUCGGAUUAUAACUCUUUUAUAAGGGAUCCCAUUGUUACUUUAUUAGAUUUGCUCAGGGUUUUCCCAACUUGCAAGCCCCCGCUUAGUCUUUUGAUUGAACAUCUUCCAAAGUUACAAGCCAGACCCUAUUCAGCUGCAAGUUCGACUUUGUUUCAUCCUGGAAAGAUGCAUUUCAUCUUUAAUAUUCUGGAGUUUCCAUCCCACCUAGGUGAGCUGCGAAGAGGGGUCUGUACAGGUUGGCUAGCUGAUCUGGUUGCCCCAGUCCUUCAGGUGAAUCAGAAGAGCAAAGAACUCUUCUCUCCACAGGCAGAAGUUCAGAGAAAAGCACCCAGAUUAUAUGUUUGGAGAGACGUGGUUGUUUUUUGGCUGCCGCCAUAAGGCCAGAGAUUACUUGUUCCAAGAUGAGCUCAGGUUCUUUCUUGAAAAUGGCGUGUUAACUUACCUGAUCGUUUGCUUCUCAAGAGAUGUUCCAGCUGUGGCAGAAACUGCCUCUGCUAAGUAUGUUCAAGAUAACCUCCGGCUUUAUUGUAAAGAGAUUAGUAGGAUUUUGCUGCAGGAGAAAGGAUAUUUUUACGUAUGUGGAGAUGCAAAAAAUAUGGCUAAAGAUGUGAAUGACACUCUGGUGGAAGUCUUCACCACUGAGAGAGGAGUUGAUAAAUUGGACGCAUUGAAAAUACUGGCUACAUUAAGAGAAGAAAAACGAUACCUGCAGGAUAUCUGGGCCUGAACAUUAACUUUUUGAAUUCAUUUGACCAAUGUAAACAACAAUCUUUUUACAUGCUUACUUCUGUCUGUAAUUUUCUCUCAAUUAUUAUUUGAACUGUUUUUCUAGGGAAAUAAUAAAGAGAAAUACAUCAUUACCAAGGCAUUUGUCACAGUACAAGUGGCUUUAAAUAAAUGGUGCUACUUAUUUCCAUCAA